UGCACGUGCCGGUUUCGCGGCAAAAAAGAUUUCGCGCGAAAACCGUCCGAUCCUUGUUUAGAUGUUGAUCAGCUGGGACAAUAACAACAAUAACAGCCGAUAACAGGGUCUGUACGGCGCUUUUGUAAAUGGACCGCGUACGCUGUGAGCAGCUAAAGGACGAGCGACUGCCGUUUUAAAGGAUGCGUGUGUAUUUCGCCGCUUUAUUUCCUUACAUUUCCAGUUUUGUCGGAGUGCUUCCUGCGUGCCCCAACAAAACGAGGGGGUUGAAGAAUUGCGGCUAAUAACUUAGCUAGCAUGCUAACCUCCCUUAUAUCUACAAUUCAGCGGUGUCUCUGUAUAACGUUGCUCUGCGUAACUGCCUGUCGUUUAUUUACACAUACUCUCAAAGAUGCUUUUGAGUUAUGGCAAAGCCUCUUGCAUUGUAGUUAUUUUGUAUAGAUCGCUCACUACUGGAAUGCUACUAUAAAGUUUUAAUAGCCUUUUAAUUACGCCCUUUCUUAGAUGUAAAGGAAAAAUAAUAUUGUUUUAUAUCGCUAAGUUGAUCAUUUGCUAGCUGCACCGGGUUGUUUGUUAACUUUCAGUCUUUGUUGUUAGGACCCAAGCUAGCUCGCUAGCACCGUUGGCUGUGUUAAGGGCAGUGUGGCCAGGCCUCGCUUCUGAUAACUGUAGUGACAGGAGAGAUGAAAACAAAAGAUUAGCUUGCUCUUGCUAGCUCGCUAACCUCCAGAGUUUAUUACUGCCACGACCUAUUUGCAACUUUUUUCUUUGAUAACAUAUAGCAGCGGUUGAGGUUCAGGUCUCAGAGUUGGUACGCAUUUUUCAAUAUUGUUUUAUUUGUCAAAAUUAACGAACAUCCGGUCUGGCUAUUUUACUGUAAGCUUAAAGUUACUUUCAGCAGUUCACUUCCAGUAGGUGAUUACUUAUGUUUAAGCAGUAUUGUUAGUUAUAAUGUAUUUGUACUAGCUUGUUUAUAAACAUUAAGGUGGACUAUAGAGAAAGAAAAACUUUUUGAAAAAAUGUUCAAACUGAUUGAAAACACAUGCAGGCAAAAUUUCAGAAGAUUUCACCAGUUUUUGCUAAAUUCACAGAGCACAGCAAAUCCAAGUAGGUGCUGAAUCUGUGACACUGCAGCAUAGUAGUUUGUGACCCUCAAAUCCCCCCCAUAGCCCACUGAAGGGCUAUUGAGUGACACACUGCAAUGUCAGAGACUCUGAUAACAGGGCAGACAUCGGAGGAUCUGUUGGCUGACUUUGAGACUUUACUGAACUCUGGGAGUAUUGAACUGAGCGAGGACCACCAGAUAGUGAUCAUCACCAGUCCCAGCAAUGAGGGACUUCACCCGGCCACUGCCCCCACCAGCACGGGGGAAAUCCUGCUGUUUGCCACGCCACAAGGCCCUGCUGAUGUGGGACUCCAGGACAAGAGACGGCCGGCCCUGGGAAGACCUCCGGUAAAGAGGAAGUUGGACCUGGAUAGUGACCAUCAAUAUGUCAGCACCACUCGACCAUCCAUAGGCCAGGCACCCCCCUCCACACCUGCCCCUCCCAGAGUUCCUCGAACCACAUCAGAGAAGUCACGGUAUGACACUUCCUUGAACCUGACCACCAAGCGCUUUCUAAACCUGCUGUCCCAGUCGGCUGACGGCGUGGUGGAUCUGAACUGGGCCUCGCAGGUCCUGGAUGUCCAGAAGAGACGCAUCUAUGACAUUACCAACGUCCUGGAAGGAAUCCAGCUCAUCUCCAAAAAGUCCAAGAACAACAUCCAGUGGCUCGGUAAUCGAGUUGAUACGGCUUUGGUCUCCCGCCAUAAGGAGCUGCAGAGGGAGGUGUGUGACCUCACGGAGGCUGAGCAGCAGCUGGACGAACUCAUUUCCAAAUGCAACCUACAGCUCCGACUGCUCACAGAGGACCCACAGAACAAGAAAUUGGGCUAUGUGCGCUGCCAGGACUUAAGGAAGUCAUUUGAUUCCCCUGACCAGCUGGUAAUGGUGAUCAGAGCUCCACCAGAGACUCAGAUGCAAGUUUCAGAACCCAGCCAGGGUUACCAGGUGUCGCUGAAGAGCUCGCGGGGCCCAAUCGACGUCUUCCUCUGUCCAGAGGACAGCUCUGGUGUCUGCAGCCCCGUGACAGGAAGCAGUCCCACGAAACCCAGUGCUGACCCCUCACUGGUCCCAUCUCCCACACUAGCCACAGACCAAUCACAAGCCAGAACAUCCACAACAGCCCCAGAAGUGAGUUUAUCAUCACCAGCGUCCACGUCAUCCACAGUGACAGCCUCCUCCCAGCAGGAGCCCUCAUCUCUGGUGUUAGGUGGUGACACAGAAUCACUCCUGGGAGGCGACCCGUUUUCCGGCCUCGGAGACAUGCCUGAUUUUGACCUCUCACCCCUCUCCUCCUCGGACCUCCUGAAUGGAGAGGGCCUCAUUCUCCCAUUGGACGGUUUCAUCAAUCUGUCGCCGCCUCACAGUCAUGACUACCACUUUGGUCUGGAGGACCAUGAAGGCAUCAGUGAACUGUUUGAUUGUGACUUUGGUGACCUUUCACAAGUUUUGGAGGACAGUUAGAUGAAGAGGGAGAGGAGGAACUUUUCCUGAGGUUUCCAAAGGAGGGCUGGAAAUCAUAAUUCCUUGGCAAAGCCUUUGUCCAUAAGUCUUUGUCGUGGGGUGUGGGAAAAUCUUUUGUGUAAUAAUUGGUUACGAUCCCCAAAAUGCUACCCCGACUGCAAGAUCUCACAAAUUGUACAGCACACGAUUAGCACUUCUCUUUGGCCACUGAAACAUUUUAGACCAAGAUUUUAGCUUUAGUAUAGCUAUUUAAAUUAUUUAUAUGAUUCUUAUUUUGAUAUUUUGUACCAAGUUUUUUGUUGCGAUAAUAUUUGAUCCAAGUGGAUUGUGCAGGUGUUUGUGUGUGGAGUGUGGGCUCAUAGGGCUGGUUUCCUUUACACUGAUUAGCUUGACAUGAUACAGCUCAUAAAAGUGGUUUCCUUAGGUAGCUCAAGUCGAAAGUGUUUUCUCCAAAAAAGGGAAAUGUUUGCACCCUGCCGCUUUAGGCUGAAGCUUCUUUAUGAAACCAGAAUUAUGAGAAAUGCUUAUUCAGUGCUAGGCUGUCCAAAAGCAUCUUAGAGCUAUGGUGCAGUUUCACACACUCUGUCUAUUUCUUUCCACAACAAUAGAAGUCAUUUGAAGCACAGCAGUUAAGGCUUCUCCAUCAAUAAUUGGUUUUGUCUGAAACACUGGAAUCCCGAAAGUCUGGUUUGUUGUUGUCUGUAACAUUUGAGGUAUAAUUGCUGCAGCUUAAUGACUAAAUUUGCACAUGUUGCACAGUCUCUCACAGUGGAUUAACAAAUUUGUAAAAAAAAAAAAAACAAAA